AUGUCGAAGACCAAAGUUUUGUUGGUCGGAGCAGCGGGUGAAACCGGAGGUUCUAUCGCCAACGGUCUGUUGGAUACCGGUGACUUUGAAGUCAUCGCUCUUGUUCGCCCUGUCUCCGCUCAGAAGCCAGCUAUCACGCGCCUCCAGGAACGGGGUUGUCAGAUUCGGAAAUGCGAUCUGAAGGCCUCCGAGGAGGAGCUCAUCGAAGCGUUGGCUGAGAUCGAUGUGGUCAUCAGCUGUGUCGGUCCCGCUGAGCAACAGGAUCAGAUUCCUCUCGCCAAAGCAGCUAAAAAGACCGGUGUGAAGCGAUUUGUUCCCUGUGGAUUCAUUACUGUCUGCCCUCCAGGCGGUGUUAUGUGGUUGCGAGAUGAGACUGACCUGGCUUCUGCCUUUUACAGAAAGAAAUUGUCUACAACCAGAUCCGUCAGUUGUGGAUUCCCUACACCAUCGUCGAUGUUGGUUGGUGGUACCAGCUGGCCUACCCCCGCCUCCUCCUCCGGGCGCGUCGACUAUGCCAUGACUUCUGGUAACGACGAGAUUAUCGGCGAUGGCAACAUGCCCACCGCCUUGACCGAUUUGCGAGACAUCGGUCGCUACAUGGCUAUGAUUAUCUCCGACCCACGCACCCUGAACAAGAAGAUUCUCGCCUACAACCUUGUCUCCACCCAAAACAAGAUUUAUGAGCUGAUGGAAGAACUCAGCGAAGAAAAGAUUGAUCGUAACUACGUCCCCGAGGAAACCAUCUGCAGCAGGGUUGUGGCGGCCCGGCAGGCUAGUGAAACCUACCCCUUCGACCCGAUCAAGUUUAUUCCUCGGUAUCUGGCCGAAUAUCAGCUCUCGUGGGGAAUCCGCGGCGAUAACAACCCCGAAUACGCCAAAUAUCUCGGCUACCACACCACACAGGAUCUGUACCCCGAGUUCAAACCUACAGACUUCCGCGAAUAUCUUGAGCAAGUUAUCCGCGGCGCAGCCAAGGGUGUUUACACUGAUCGCGUGAUCUCACGAAAGCAUCAGAGACAUUUCCCCCGUACCGAGUCCAGCGAUUCCCUUUACACACGCAUAUUCCCCCGAACGGAGUCGAGUGAUUCGCUCAUGUCGCGAUGA